GUGUUCGAAAAUUUAAACUUCUUGUAAACGUUUAACUAUUGCUUUCAAGGGAAACUCUUGCAUUCAGCUUGUCUGGCUGAUCAUGGUUUAUUUUCACUGAAAAAUAAUCAGAAUUGGGUUUAUUUUCACUGAAAAAUAAUCAGAAUUGGGUUUCGUUCAUAUAUAUAGAAUUAAAUUUUGCCGAAGAAGUCUCUGCGGCCUUCUUAUGGGGUCCUUGUUGCUAGGCCAGUUUAAAAGGCAAGCAUCUUUUUUCCUAAAACAGAAAUACAGAACUGCCAGGCUGGUCUUCACUGAUGUUAGUGAAGCUGAACUGUUGGCCGAAGAAGCUACAAAUAACAAUCCAUGUAGCCCUGAUGCUAGAACAAUGACAAGAAUAGCUGAAGCAUCCUUUGAGGUGGAUGAUUAUUGGAGAAUUAUUGAUGUUCUUCAUAGAAGGUUCUAUUACGUUGACUGGAAGCGAUGGAGACAAUCCUACAAAUCACUGGUACUUCUUGCGUUCUUACUAACUCAUGGUCCUGAAGAUUUGGCUGAAGAAUUCCAACGUGAUGCUGAUAUUAUUCAAGAGCUUGGAACAUUUAAACACAUAGAUGAAAAGGGGUUCAACUGGGGCGUCAGCAUGCAGAAGAAAUCAGAGGAGAUACUUAAACUUCUAGGAGGAGGAAUAGCACUCAAAGAAGCGCGUCUGAAAGCUCUCAAAAUAACAAAAGAAAUCCAAGGAUUUGGAAGUCCAAACACGGCUUCUCCUUCCUCUAGUACUGCUAGUACUACUCCCUCAUCUUCCUCCGAAACGUCAAGGUUUUCUUCAAUUCUCUCAUCGUAUUCUACCACAAGUACUCCCACAUGGAAUGAUACAUACGAGCUGAACAAACAUGAUCAACUGCGCUCACCUACAAAAGAUUCUAAUUCAGAAGAAGGAACGCGCGAUCAUGAGGAGAGUAACAAAUAUUUCACAUUUAAAAAAAACAAUGUUAAUGUAGGAUCACACCAAUGGGAUAGCCCUGAGGUUCAAGAAUCAGGUUUGUUGCUGGACUCUGAAGAUGAAAAGGCGGAUGGUUUUAUUAGUGGAAUUUGCUCAAAGCUUGCUGGCAUUAGUCCCUCUGGAGGCAAUGAUGAGGAAUUUGGAUUUAUGAGUUUUUCUGAUGAUGGAAGAUCAUCCUCAGUGACGAAGAAAAAGUUUGAUCGCCAGUAUUCACUCUGGUAUUGAAAGAGUCAUAGGGAAAUAAAUUUUUUGUCUGGAUAUUUCCAGUACUAAUGUUUCGUAUGAACAUGAGUGUUACGUCCGGCCAUAUAUACUAGCUGGAGCCUGGAAUAUGCAUGGUUUUGUAAUAAACACAUUUCUUAAAACAUCUCAAAACAGCAA